ACUAUACUGAAACCGGCGUAGUGUUUGGUGGCGAUGUAGAGCUGCGAUUUGUUUGUUGUCUCCGAAGACCCGUCAAGAUGUCUGACAUGGAAGAUGAUUUCAUGUGCGACGACGAAGAAGAUUAUGAUCUGGUAAGCGAAUAUUCCGAGGACAGUAACUCAGAGCCAAAUGUCGACUUGGAGAACCAGUACUACAACUCCAAAGCACUGAAGGAGGAUGACCCCAAAGCAGCUCUCAACAGCUUUCAGAAGGUAUUGGAGCUGGAGGGAGAGAAGGGAGAAUGGGGGUUCAAAGCCCUAAAACAGAUGAUCAAAAUCAACUUCAAGCUAACCAACUUCCCAGAGAUGAUGUCUCGGUACAAGCAGCUGUUGACGUACAUCAGGAGCGCUGUGACCAGAAACUACUCAGAGAAGUCCAUCAACUCCAUCCUAGACUACAUCUCCACCUCCAAACAGGUGUCACAGAUGGACCUGCUGCAGGAGUUCUAUGAAACGACGCUGGACGCUCUGAAGGACGCCAAGAACGACAGACUCUGGUUCAAAACCAACACAAAGCUGGGCAAGCUGUACCUGGAGAGGGAAGAAUUUGGGAAGUUACAGAAGAUCCUCAGACAGCUGCACCAGUCCUGUCAGACAGAUGACGGGGAGGACGACCUAAAGAAAGGCACCCAGCUCCUGGAGAUCUAUGCUCUGGAGAUCCAGAUGUACACAGCCCAGAAGAACAACAAGAAGCUGAAGGCCCUGUAUGAACAGUCCCUGCACAUCAAGUCUGCUAUCCCUCACCCACUCAUCAUGGGAGUCAUCAGGGAGUGUGGGGGUAAGAUGCACCUGAGAGAGGGGGAGUUUGAGAAGGCCCACACAGACUUCUUUGAGGCGUUUAAGAACUACGAUGAGUCAGGCAGCCCCAGGAGAACCACCUGUCUGAAGUACCUGGUGCUGGCCAACAUGCUCAUGAAGUCUGGAAUCAACCCUUUCGACUCACAGGAGGCCAAACCCUAUAAAAACGACCCAGAGAUCUUGGCCAUGACAAAUCUAGUAAGCUCCUAUCAGAAUAAUGACAUCACAGAGUUUGAGAAGAUACUGAAGACCAACCAUAGUAGUAUCAUGGAUGACCCCUUCAUCAGAGAACACAUAGAGGAGCUGCUGCGGAACAUCAGGACCCAGGUCCUUAUCGCGCUCAUCAAGCCUUACACCAGAAUACACAUCCCAUUCAUCUCUAAGGAGCUGAACAUAGAUGUUUGUGACGUGGAGAGUUUGUUGGUGCAGUGCAUAUUGGACAGCACCAUCCAAGGCCGUAUCGACCAGGUCAACCAGCUGUUGGAGCUAGACUACCAGAAGAGAGGAGGGGCGCGCUACACUGCCUUAGACAAAUGGACUAAACAACUCAACUCUCUCAACCAAGCCAUCGUCAGCAAACUCACAUGAUUCUGGCUGACGUGACAAUGGACAGCACUGAAAGAUAGGAAGGAGAAUCUCAAUCAGCUGUUCCAAUGUGUCAGAAUAUAAACCAAACCAUCCAGUGUGGAUGGGCUGAGUGGAGUUACACAGCAGCACAGAGAUGUUUUGUGAUCUGACACUGUUUCCCAGAGAAGGGGAGAUACUGCUUUCUAGAAGACAUCAGCACUCUCUAAGGGACAGCUCAGUUUACUUCAAGCCCCUCGUGUUUGUUUUUCACAAGACUUUAGUAGAAUGAUUUUAAGAAAUAUCACUGUCAACACCUUUUUAAAAGUGCUGUAUUUUUUUCGGUGGGCAGUUUGAGUACAAUGACACACUGGUUUAUUUGUGCCUGUUGACUGACAGCUGGUGUUGGGAAACCUUUUUCACAACAUGUAGCUGCAGCAUUGAAUGCGUGUUGGCUGUUGUAAAUAAAAAAAAAUCUAAUAAAAAAAAAUCUCCAACUGGGUUUACUGUAUAUGACAUUUCAAUGUAGGUCUUCUAGAUACUGUCUACUUUUUAGCUCUCAUGCUAACUUUGGUUCCAUACUAUAUUAUUUGUAAAUAUCGGUAUUAUUUGGUAGUUGCAACAGACUCCUGUUCUUAGUGUUAGUCAAUUGUUUGUGUGCAGAAACGUAUGAAUAGAUAUAUUCACACCCAUCACUGAAAAUCUAUGUAAUCCACCACAUUGCACACAGAACAGUAGCAAAGUAGAAAUCUGUUAGAAUUAUAAUCCAAGAGUUGAUUCGGUGUUGUAAUCUAGACAUACAGUUGAAGUCGGAAAUUUACAUACACUUAUGUUGGAGUCAUUAAAACUCAUUUUUCAACCAC